AUGAAUAUUGCGAAAUUAACAUAUGGCCUUUUGGCUUUAGGAACCACUGCCUUUGCUCAACAAGCAAGUUACAGUGCUGGCGAUGGUGUCAACUACGCUGUCAAUAUCCCAGCUGCGAGCGCUUCCAGUGGCAGCGGCGAUAUAUACUUCCAACUGUCUGGUCCAUCGAGUUUGUCAUGGAUUGGGUUAGGUCAGGGCUCUUCCAUGAGUAACGCCAAUAUCUUUAUAAUAUACGCCAAUGCUGCUGGUGACAAUGUUACUUUGUCCCCGCGCACAGGUGUUGGUGAGAAACAGCCAACUGUUGGCGGUGCUUCAGUAACUCUUUUGAGUGGUUCCGGAAUAUCGAAUAAUGUCAUGACUGCAAAUGUCAGAUGUUCAAAUUGUGACUCUUGGUCAGGAGGAAGCAUGAGUUUCACAGAUUCAUCGUCGAAAUGGAUAUGGUCGCACAAAUCCGGUUCAGCAGUGUCGUCUGAUAGUGCUUCCGCAUCAGUGUCGCAACACGAUACCCAUGGAACAAUUACAUUUGAUCUCCAGACAGCUGCAGGUGGAGAUAGUGUCAAUCCAUUUGCUGCGGCGGCCGUAGACUCGCCUAGCUCGGGAGUAUCAGGUGGCACUCCGACUGCUGUAACUUCUACAUCCAUGGUUGCAUCGUCAACAACAUCUUGUUCAUUUGUCGGGAUUGAUGGCCAGAAUAGACCCACAGGACGACCAACCGGUACUCCAGGAUAUUCCUGUUCGGUUGUUGCCACUGAAGUUCCCGUUGAGGUUAUUGGGACUGGUUCCUCAAAUGGAGGUUCCUCAAAUAAUGCGAACACAGGUGCCAAUAGCGGAGGUGCGAACAGUGGAAAUAGUAAUUCUAACGCGGGUGCUUCUGGAUCCCGAGGAUCUUUUGGACCAGGUGCGAAUUACAACGACAUUCUCAAAGCCCAUGGAAUCAUUCUACCAGUGGCAUUUGUGCUGAUGUUCCCAAUCGGAGCUAUCGCUAUUCGUAUGCUAUCUUUCCCCGGUCUUGUAUGGGUCCAUGCAGCGUGGAUGGUUCUUUCGUGGUUUCUCGCUAUCGCUGGUAUGGGUUUGGGAAUCUGGAUGGCAAACACUUCACGACAACUCGAUACUGCACAUGCAAUCAUCGGUAUCGUUGUCGUAAUAGCAUUACUAGCUCAACCCAUUACUGGUCUAGCUCAUCAUAUUCUCUUCAAGCGUUACGGCCGUCCUAACACAGCAACAUACCCUCACGUCUGGUGGGGUCGCGCCGUCAUCACUCUUGGAAUUAUCAAUGGUGGACUCGGCCUUCAACUCGUAGAUAACACAACCGACGGCAAGAUUGCUUAUGCGGUUGUUGCGGCGUUUAUGUGGUUAGUGUGGAUGACGGUUGUUGUUAUUGCUUUCUUCAAGAGCUCGAAGAGAUUGGAGGGUGAGACUGGGGAGACGGUACUCCGUCAAAGCAGUACGCUCAAUGAUUUUAGCAGCUCGGAAUACGUGCAGCCACCUAUGGGACAGUAUGAGGUAACCGUCAGUUCUGCUAGCCCUACGAGUCCGGUCGAGUAUGGACGGAAUUAUGAUCGACGUGGGUCGAAGUAUAACUUUCAGUAG